CCCAGAUCCCAACUCUCUCUUUCCCAUACCCUUCAACACUCUCCCUCUUCUGCCCCUGUAAUUCCCCAAUCUCGCCUUUGCCCUUCCCUCAGCCCCUUUCUCCUUAAUUCCCGAUUUUCUCCCGGAACAAACCCCCCUCUCCCUUACAAGUUUUUACCCGCCAAAACAAAUAAGCUCCCAACUUUUCAAAUUUCCUAGUCUCUUCUUUGCAAGCUCCACGCCGAUUGGUUUGGUUUGGUUUGCCAGACGAAACCCUAGUUUCUUCAUCAAUCGUGGGGGGGGGUUUACUCGCUUGGACGCUUCAUUUAUUGUCGUUUCCGUCGAUACCCACACCGUUCUUUGGCUUCUUGAAGCUUUAUUGAUUGUGUUUUUGGACAUUUGGGUUUUGGAGCUAGGGUUUCAAGUACGGUUCAACUUUUUUUGUCCAGCUGGAGUUUUCAAAACUACAUGUUUUCUUGGGCGACAUGGAUGUGUCCUGCCUGGUUUCACUGUUCACCAUUCAAGAAGUAAAAAGUUAGCUGCUUAGAGUGGAUUGCUCCAGUUCCUUAUGUGCAUAUAUUUGUAAUGGUAUGUUUUGAAAUAGAUGGAAAAUCUGCCUGCCUGACUAUCAGUUUGUAAAUUUGAGGGUGUGUUCUGGGGCUGUGUGUUGUGUUGGUAAUAUACUGUGAUUGAUUUAUUAAAUGGCUAACCAUGAUUUGAUACUUGGACAAAGCCACAAUUUAGCCUUGGGGCAGAAUCAGCCAUUGGUGCUAGGCCAUAAUCAUAAUUUGGGCCUCACCCAGAACCAUGAUUUGGAAUUAGGACAAGGCCAUGAGCGUCAUUUAGGCUUGGGACAGGCCCAUGAUCAUGACCUAGGUUUAGGGCAUUCUCAUGACCAUGAAUUGGAUUUAGGACAGAGCCAUGACCAAGAAGGGGAUGUUGAUCACACUUAUGGGCACAGUAAUGAGUUAGCUACCGAUCGAAAACCUGACCACAGUGACCAUCAGUUGGCUUUAUCAGAGAAUAAUGAAUUGGCUGUUUCAGAAAACCAAGAGCUUGAUGAUAAUUUGGAAUUGGCUGUGGAUGACAACCAGGAGAUGGGAAUUGACCCUGCCCGAGAUUUGCAGCAGUCCCAGAUUUUGGUUUGUCUUCCUCAUGUCCUUCAGGCUCGUAAUGUAAAUCCGAAUUUUGAAGUUGCAGUUGGGCAAGAGUUUCCGGAUGUCAAAAGCUGCCGUAGGGCAUUGAGGGAUACAGCUAUUGCCCUUCACUUUGAAAUGCAGACCAUAAAAUCUGACAAGACUCGUUUCACUGCCAGAUGUGCGAGUGAGGGAUGUCCCUGGCGUAUACAUGCUGCAAAGCUCCCUGGUGUUCCAACUUUCACUAUCAGAACCAUCCAUGAGACCCAUACAUGUGGAGGGAUUGCUCAUCUUGGCCAUCAACAAGCCUCUGUUCAGUGGGUGGCAAACUCUGUGGAGCAACGAUUAAGGGAGAACCCUAACUACAAGCCAAAGGAGAUACUGGAAGAGAUUCACCGGGUUCAUGGUAUCACCUUAUCUUACAAGCAAGCCUGGCGAGGCAAGGAACGCAUCAUGGCAGCUAUGCGUGGAUCUUUUGAAGAAGGGUAUCGCUUACUCCCUCAGUAUUGUGAACAGGUUAAGCGGACAAAUCCAGGGAGUAUUGCAUCUGUCUAUGGAAACCCAACAGAUAACUGUUUCCAGCGUCUCUUCAUAUCAUUUCAGGCCUCAAUUUAUGGUUUUCUGAAUGCUUGUCGACCACUCCUUGGGCUAGAUAGGACAUUUUUGAAGAGUAAGUAUCUUGGUACUUUGCUUCUUGCUACUGGUUUUGAUGGUGAUGGUGCUCUGUUUCCUCUGGCAUUUGGUGUUGUUGAUGAGGAGAAUGAUGACAACUGGAUGUGGUUUCUUUCUGAACUUCAUAACCUGCUCGAAAUUAAUACAGAAAACAUGCCAAGGCUUACAAUUUUGUCUGACAGACAGAAGGGCAUUGUGGAUGGUGUUGAAGCAAAUUUUCCUACUGCUUUUCAUGGAUUUUGCAUGCGUCACUUGAGUGAAAGCUUUCGAAAGGAGUUCAAUAACACCAUGCUUGUGAACCUUCUAUGGGAAGCUGCUCAUGCCCUGACUGUAAUUGAAUUUGAAGCAAAGAUUCUUGAGAUUGAAGAGAUAUCACAAGAUGCUGCAUAUUGGAUUCGACGGAUCCCACCUCGUUUGUGGGCAACAGCUUAUUUUGAAGGCACACGGUUUGGGCAUUUAACAGCAAACAUAGUUGAAUCACUGAAUUCUUGGAUUUUAGAAGCUUCAGGACUUCCAAUAAUUCAGAUGAUGGAAUGCAUUAGGAGACAGCUUAUGACUUGGUUCAAUGAACGGCGAGAGACAAGUAUGCAGUGGACAUCAAUACUUGUGCCUUCUGCUGAAAGGCGUGUUGCAGAGGCCCUUGAACGUGCACGCACAUAUCAGGUGCUUCGUGCUAAUGAAGCUGAAUUUGAAGUUAUAUCUCAUGAAGGGACAAAUAUUGUUGACAUUCGCAAUCGCUGUUGUCUUUGUCGUGGCUGGCAGUUGUAUGGUUUGCCCUGUGCACAUGCUGUGGCGGCACUUCUUUCUUGCAGGCAGAAUGUUCAUCGAUUUACCGAGAGUUGUUUCACUGUGGCCACAUAUCGGAAGACAUAUUCUCAAACCAUUCAUCCAAUUCCAGAUAAAAGCCUAUGGAAAGAGUUGUCUGAGGGGGAUCCAAAUGCGAGCAAAGCUGUCGAAAUUGUCAUCCACCCACCCAAAUCUCUUAAGCCACCCGGUCGACCACGAAAGAAGCGAGUUCGAGCAGAAGAUCGUGGGCGUGUGAAGCGGGUUGUGCAUUGUAGCCGUUGCAAUCAGACAGGCCAUUUUAGAACAACAUGUGCAGCGCCUAUUUAAGUUCUGAUUUUCUAGAAAGUUGAUUCGCUGCUAUAAAAUUUGGGUAUGUCCCAUCUGUGCAAAAGGUUUCUUGCUUCUUUUUUUAAUGUAGUAUUUAUAAGGCUUUAGAUUUGCAAGUAAAUGCUUUGUUCGAUUUGUGGCAUUUAUGUGAAUUACUCCCCAGUACCAGUUAUCCACUUGUUCUAUAUGAAUGUUCGCUUCAAUAAUAAUAUAUAAUUAUUGAGGAUUGCUCUCAUGAUUGUAGCUCUGCUUAA